ACGUACCCUGAAACUGUAUGAGGGUCUUCGCUCAUAUUUUCUUUCAGAAGAUGAAUCCCAAGCACGCUUCAAACGACUUUCGCUGCUCUUCAGUCGACCAGUUACGGAAGUGUACCUCCUAUUCUACCAUGCAGUACUUCCAGUGUUUACGCGCUUCAACUUGUUGCUGCAGCGGGAAGACCCGUGUAUUCAUAUCCUGCACAGCCAGUGCGUUGAGUUACUUCGCAAGCUUCUUUCCAAAUUUGUGAAGGUCGCAGUAAUCAAGGAGGCUACCCAUUUAGCAGAAAUUGACUAUCACACGAAGGAAAAUCAAUUGACUGAUGACACACUCUUUAUUGGCUUUACCACCAAACAGAGAUUAGAAAAGUUAAAAAGAGAAGGAGAAAUGUCAUCGGCAGUCGAAAAGAAGUUUUUUUGAUGGUAUACGUCAGUACUACGAAGCGGCCACAAAGUAUAUCUUUGACAAAUUUCCUUUGAACGAUGAUACCCCUAAGCAUGCUCAAUUUGUGGAGUUUCACGACAGAAUGAAUGCUCAGUUUACCGACGUAGAAUACUUUAGCGAUCGUUACAGCACAGUUCUGCAGCUUACUUCCGAACAGUGCAAUGCACUGUUUGAUGAGUCUGUAGAUUACCAACUGUUAGAAUCAACAGAUAUUCUAGACGACACAUGGAAAGCCGCCAAUGUCCAAGUCGAAGAAGGAGAGAUACAAGCUGUACGUCCGGAUGCUAUAUGGAAUUUCUUGGCCAGCAUGAAGUCUGCAGAUGGCUGUCGACCAAGAUUUCCUAACUUGGCAAAUGUGGAAAAACUUGUACUUGCUCUUCCCCAUUCUAAUGCUGGGGAAGAAAGACUAUUUAGUCUCGUUCGUUUGAAUAAGACUAGCUACAGAUCCGCUGUGUCUUUGGAUGGUACUCUAUCAAGCAUUAUGACAGUGAAAACUUAUCUUUCCGACUCGUCUACUAAAUUUGACCAACCCAAGGAUUUGCUGGAAAAGCGAAGAAGGCCACAAAACAAUACAAUCUCGCGUUUUUCUGCAAUCUCACGCAUUUUGAUUUGGCUAGGUUGGCAGGUCUGUUGUAGUCUGUUUUGUGACAUGAGUUGUUGUACGUAGGAAGUAGAAGAUCACCAGAGGAAGAGGAGACAUUGACAUCUCAAGUGGCUCGACUGGAAAGAGAGAAAACAGCAGAAAGGAAACAAACAGAAGCCGC